AUGCCCGCCAGGUGUGCCGAGCAGAAACAGGAAAUUGCAUUUAUGCUGGCUGCGUUAGCUGACUUGGAAACUGAAAUCGAGGCAGCAAAAGCAAGGACGGACCACAUCAGAAGACAGUUGCUUUUUGCCAACGGGCUGUGUGUUGCAGCCGCUGUUGCUGAUUCUCCGACUAUACAACGGCAGAGGUGGAAGUUCGACCGAAACGAACGCUGGUUUGAGGACACAUUGCCGUACCUUGGUGAACAGUUUUUCCGACAGUCAUUCCGCGUUUCACCCACUACUUUCCGGUAUAUCGUGGAAAUGUGCGGACCGCUCCUGCGGCGAGAGGACACCGUCAUGCGGCAGGCAAUCUCGGUUGAAAAGCGAGUGGCGGUGAGCCUGUACAAACUGUGCUCCUCUGCCGAGGACAGGUCCAUCGCACACCUUUUUGGCAUCGGACGGUCAACGGUCAACACUCUCUACAGAGAGUUCUGCGAGGCGGCCAUCACCACACUUGAGCCUGAAUGGGUAAAGAUGCCUUCAGCUGAAACAAUGGCCGACCAUAUGAAAGAGUGCAGCGCUGUCUGCGACUUCCCGCAGGCGGUGGGAGCUUUAGAUGGUUGCCCUAUUUCUCCACCGAUGGAGAGUGCGACCGAUUAUUACAUCUGCAAGGGCUGGUACAGCAUCGUCUUGCUUGCUCUGGUGGACCACCGGUACCGCUUUCUUUACAUCAGUGUUGGAUCGCCCGGACGCUGCCAUGACGCAUACGUAUAUCAACGAUCAAGCCUGGCACAGUGUGUUGAGGGGCCGCUGUUCCAAGCUCCAGUAGCCACCAUCAACGGCGUAGCAGUGCCGCCUCUCAUCCUGUGCGAUCAGGCAUUCCCUCUGACAUCACACCUAGUGAAGCCAUUCAGUCAUCGGGCUCGUCUUGACGAUGACAUGAGGCGGUUUAACUACCACCUGUCAAAAGCCAGGAGGAUAGUAGAAAAUGCAUUUGGCAGAAUGAAGGCGAGGUUCAGAUACACAAUGAAAAGGUUAGAGUGUGACCUAGACAAUGCUCCACUUGCCAUUCGCACUUGUUGCGUACUGAACAACAUCUGCGAGGCAUUCAGUGAGCCGCUGAUGCAACAAUGGGCUUCUGACUCCGAGGUUGCAAGCUCUGUGUACCAGCAGCCAAAUGGUGCCACAUAUACCAGAAGUGCAAGUGGGACAUGUGUGCGGGAUGCAAUUGUUGGCUACUACAAACAGGGAGAACAUCAGUGA